AUGCUGCCCGAGAUUCAGCCCAAUCUGCUGAUUGUAUGCGUGUUCCUGCUCCUCUCUCUCUCGGUUCGAUCUUCGACACACAAUGAGGAUGGAGCGUAUGUUGGCAGCAUCAGCAACUCGUGGAUUCAGAUCCGAUACCCUCAGGUCCUGCAUCGCGCCGUCCUCUCAGAGCCAAUCGCUUCCCAGCCAAUGAGAAGUUACUUCCUUGAGAUCUCCUCCGGCCCGCUCCCUGUGACUCUCGUGCAUGGCUGGCACUAUGCGGGCACAGCAGACUUGGUCGACCAGCACAACGUGAGGGAUCAACUAGUAAUGCCGAGAUGCUCCAUUGUGAUCAUCAAGCAGGACAUCUGGCUCAAGACAUCUUCCAAGUGUGAAGUUCGGUCACAAGUGCUCUUCUCAGUCAACAACCAGCAGUACGAGCUGAACAUCUCCAAUAAGAUAGUCCCUUUGCGUCAUGCAGAGACUAUGCAGUCGGAGAGUGGAUCAGAAGCCACACAUCUCGACCUGCUGCAGAGCAGAGAUGAUCCUCCUCCUUCCAAGCGAGCAUGUCCAGCCGGCAUAACUCUCGUUACAGCUGCGAUGGACUUGACGAGCGAGUGGCGUUCUCCUCAGAGGCAUUGGGUGCAUUAUGCCGGGGGCAUCAGGAAGAUUGUCUCGCUGGGAUGUCCGACCAUUGCCUUCCUGGACUCAAAGAUCGAGCAGAGCCUAUCGCCAGAGGAAAGCCAGCUCCUGCGCGUUGAGAAGAUUGAGAGGGCCGAACUGAGAAAGCUCCCCUUCUUCGAUAGAAUGCAGGAGAUGCGAAAUGAGUCCUGGAAAUCUUUUGGAUGGAAUUGGCACAAGGUGUCAGAGUCUCCCUACUACCUUGCGCUUGUGUUGCUGAAGCCCCAUCUGAUCGCCAGAGCCGCAAGGAUGCUCGGCCAGAGCUCCACGACGAUGCUCGUGUGGAUUGACUCGGUCCCUUCAUGCUUCGGCUGCCUCGAUGGUCACGAUAUCUCGACCUCAUGGGUUGAUGAGCUCGUUGACAACAAGAGAAUCCUCGUCUCCUCCUACCACGCAACCCAGCGGUUCUGCAAGCACACAGACAUGACGCAGCAAGGAGGGCUGCCCUGCCAGGAGCUCCCUCCGUUCACGAUCAAGGGAUCCUUCAUGGCAAUGAAGGGGAAGGAGGCCCUCUGGCUGGAGGAGGAGUACAGCUCUGUGAUGCACGAGGUCAUGUCCAACGGCUUUCUCCUGACUGAGGAGUUCUACCUCUCCAUCGUAGCCAAGAGACACCCGCGGAUGUUUUCGAUUUUUGACCGGUCAGACAACCCAAUGGGCUAUGACUUGGAAUGCAUCCCUCUUUGCAUGAUAGCGAAAGACAACCCCAGCCUUCGCAUCCUGUUCCCUUCCUACAACUCCACCAUCGUUGCCGAGAAAGGCAUCCUUCGAUGGGAGGUUGACCACCAUCAGGAGAACAUGCUCUUCAUCGUCGGCAUCCGAGCUCUGGAUCCCCUGCGAGACCCCGCCGACGAUUCAGAGUGGACGGAAGUGGAGUACACAUCUGCGACAUACAAGCAGUUUCCACUAUUGAGCAACAUGCUCUACGAGGCCAAGGUCACCCUGCACCCUCCGCAUUUCGCCCUCACGGCAACCACUCGAUUCAGGACGGAACCGCAGGAGGAGGAGAACUUUGUCGACGCGGACCGAGCAGCAGAUUCGAGAGGGAACAUCUUUGAGUCAUGGCACUGGAGCAUGGAGAGGAAUAGCACUAGUGGCUUGUGUGUCUUCCUCGUGACUGACAGGCUGGAAGCGACUGAGUGGAGAAUCGCGGAGGCGACAGUGACGGAUAUGAUACUCUUCUGCUCUGACAAGGGAUACGAGACGAGCUGGUUGACUUACGAAGGACUGGCGCUGCUGGAGAGACACGUAAGGCCUCUGCUAGUGCAUCUUGACGCGAUGGGAGUAGGGGUGGAGAUGUACGAGAAGGCUCUAGAGUUCGUGUACGAACGGCUCGAGCACGGGGACCUCUUGCUAGGGGCUGGCUACAUGCCUGGGGAAUACUUCGAUGCUUGCUUGCAGAAGUCCGUGCGAGCUGUCAAGAUCUCCAGUCCGACAGGCCCUGAGGAGUUUCUGCAAAACGCGCGGCCUGAGGGUCGGGCCCAGUCGAUCAACCAGAUGGGUCUCAACUAUGAGUAUCAUGGAUACAACUUGGGUUGCAGCAGUGGAGCAACGUAG